CCGGCUGGCGCCGCCGCCUCGCGCGCUCCUGCUCCGCCGCGACCGUCUGGGGGGCUGCUCCUCCCAAGUACCAUGUGUGACGGCGCCCUGCUGCCUCCUCUCGUCCUGCCCUUGCUGCUGCUGCUGGUUUGGGGACUGGCCCCGGGCACAGCUGUCGGCGACGCGGCGGCCGACGUGGAAGUGGUGCUCCCGCGGCGGGUGCGCCCCGACGACGUGCACCUGCCGCCGCUGCCCGGCGUCCCCGGGCCCCGAAGGCGGCGGCGCCCCCGUGCGCCCCCCGCCACCCCGCGCUCCCGGCCCGGCGAGCGCGCUCUGCUGCUGCACCUGCCCGCCUUCGGGCGCGACCUCUACCUGCAGCUGCGCCGCGACCUGCGCUUCCUGUCCCGCGGCUUCGAGGUGGAGGAGGCGGGCGCGACCGGGCGCCGCGGACGCCCCGCUGAGCUGUGCUUCUACUCCGGCCAUGUGCUAGGCCACCCCGGCUCCCUGGUCUCCAUCAGCGCCUGCGGCGCCGCCGGCGGCCUGGUCGGCCUCAUCCAGCUCGGGCACCAGCAGGUGCUCAUCCAGCCCCUCAACAGCUCCCAGGGCUCGCUCAGCGGACAAGAACAUGUGAUCAGGCGCAGAUGGUCCUUGCCACCCGGCCCCUCCACGGACGCCCCGGUGCCUGGGCGGCUCUGCCAGGUGCUAACAGAAAAGAAGCAGCCCAGGAAGGGCAGGCCGUCCCGGGACUGGCGGGAGCGCAGGAACGUCAUCCGCCUCACCACGGAGCACACGGUGGAGACGCUGGUGGUGGCUGAUGCGGACAUGGUGCAGUACCACGGGGCUGAGGCUGCCCAGAGAUUCAUCCUCACCGUCAUGAACAUGGUAUACAACAUGUUCCAACACCAGAGCCUGGGAAUCAGAGUUAACAUACAGGUCACCAAGCUUGUGCUUCUACGACAGCGUCCCGCCAAGUUGUCCAUCGGGCACCACGGUGAGAGGUCCCUGGAGAGCUUCUGUCACUGGCAGAAUGAGGAAUACGGGGGCGCACGGUACCUUGGCAACAAUCAGGUGCCAGGAGGGAAGGAUGAUACGCCCCCCGUGGAUGCCGCUGUGUUCGUGACCAGGACAGAUUUCUGUGUACACAAAGAUGAACCGUGUGACACCGUUGGAAUUGCUUACUUAGGAGGUGUGUGCAGUGCUAAGAGGAAAUGUGUGCUUGCCGAAGACAAUGGUCUCAAUUUGGCCUUUACCAUCGCCCAUGAGCUGGGCCACAACUUGGGCAUGAAUCACGAUGAUGACCACUCGUCCUGUGCCGGCAGAUCCCACAUCAUGUCGGGAGAGUGGGUGAAAGGCCGGAACCCCAGCGACCUCUCUUGGUCCUCCUGCAGUCGAGAUGACCUUGAAAACUUCCUCAAGUCGAAAGUCAGCACGUGCCUCUUGGUCACGGACCCCAGGAGCCAGCACGCGGUACGCCUCCCACACAAGCUGCCCGGCAUGCACUACAGCGCCAGCGAGCAGUGUCAGAUCCUGUUUGGCACCAACGCCACCUUCUGCAGGAACAUGGAGCAUCUGAUGUGCGCCGGACUCUGGUGUCUGGUGGAAGGAGAUGCGUCCUGCAAGACCAAGCUGGACCCUCCCCUGGACGGCACAGAGUGUGGGGCAGACAAGUGGUGCCGUGCGGGGGAGUGCGUGAGCAAGACGCCCAUCCCGGAGCACGUGGACGGAGAUUGGAGCCUGUGGGGCGCCUGGAGCAUGUGUAGCCGGACGUGUGGGACGGGCGCCCGCUUCCGACAGAGGAAAUGUGACAACCCCCCCCCUGGGCCUGGAGGCACGCAUUGCCUGGGCGCCAGCGUGGAGCAUGCAGUCUGCGAGAACCCGCCCUGCCCCAAGGGCCUGCCCAGCUUCCGGGACCAGCAGUGCCAGACGCACGGCCGGCUGAGCAGCAAGAAGGGCCUGCUGACAGCAGUGGUGGUUGAUGAUAAGCCGUGUGAACUGUACUGCUCGCCUCUGGGGAAGGAGUCCCCACUGCUGUUGGCUGACAGGGUCCUGGAUGGCACGCCCUGUGGGCCGUAUGAGACAGACCUCUGCGUGCACGGCAGGUGCCAGAAAAUCGGCUGUGAUGGCAUCAUCGGGUCAGCGGCCAAAGAAGAUCGGUGUGGAGUCUGCAGUGGGGACGGCAAGACUUGCCGCGUGGUGAAGGGUGACUUCAGCCAUUCGCGGGGGACAGGUUACAUCGAAGCUGCUGUCAUUCCCGCCGGAGCUCGGAGGAUCCGUGUGGUGGAGGACAAACCCGCCCACAGCUUUCUGGCUCUUAAAGAUUCCAGUAAGAGAUCCAUCAACAGUGACUGGAAGAUAGAGCUCCCCGGAGAGUUCCAGAUUGCAGGCACGACCGUCCGCUACGUUCGAAGGGGAUUGUGGGAGAAAAUUUCUGCCAAAGGACCAACCAAAAUUCCACUGCACUUGAUGGUGCUGUUAUUUCAUGACCAGAAUUACGGCAUUCAUUACGAAUACACGAUUCCUGUCAACUCCACGGCUGAGAAUCAGAGUGAACCAGAGAAGCCUCAGGACUCGCUGUUCAUCUGGACCCACAGCGGCUGGGAAGGCUGCAGCGUGCAGUGUGGUGGAGGGGAACGCAGAACCAUUGUGUCCUGCACGCAAAUUGUGAACAAGACGACGACUCUGGUGAACGACAGUCACUGCCCUCCAGCAAGCCGUCCAGAGCCCCAGGUCCGAAGGUGCAACUCACACCCAUGCCAGUCACGGUGGAUGGCUGGCCCAUGGAGCCCCUGCUCAGCGACCUGUGAGAAGGGCAUUCAGCACCGGGAGGUGACCUGCGUGUACCAGCUGCAGAACGGCACACAUGUUGCCACACGGCCCCUCUAUUGCCCGGGCCCCCGGCCAGCGCCCAUGCAGAGCUGCGAAGGCCAGGACUGCCUGUCCAUCUGGGAGGCAUCUGAGUGGUCACAGUGUUCCGCCAACUGUGGGAAAGGGACCCAGAAGCGAACCGUGACGUGCACCAACUCCCAGGGAAAAUGCGAUGCGUCCACAAGGCCAAAAGCCGAGGAGGCGUGCGAGGACUAUUCCGGCUGCUACGAGUGGAAAACUGGGGACUGGUCCAAGUGUUCAUCGACCUGUGGGAAGGGCCUGCAGUCCCGCGUGGUACAGUGCAUGCACAAGGUCACCGGGCGCCAUGGCAACGAGUGCCCUGCCCUCUCGAAGCCGGCAGCCUACAGACAGUGCCACCAGGAGGUCUGCAAUGACAAGAUCAACGUGAACACCAUCACCUCCCCUCGCCUUGCUGCUCUGACCUACAAGUGCACUCGGGACCAGUGGACGGUGUACUGUCGGGUCAUCCGAGAAAAGAACCUCUGCCAGGACAUGCGGUGGUACCAGCGGUGCUGCCAGACGUGCAGGGACUUCUAUGCCAAUAAGAUGCGUCAGCCCCCACCACCUCCAUCGCCAAGCUCAUGACCCGCGCUGCCGCCGUCCUGCGACACUCCCGUGCGGGGGCUGAAUCCUGACGACAUGGCUAGUUGAAAGCCCGCCCACCCAAGAGCACACCAGUCCUGCGGCCCGGCCGGGAGCCCCCAAAACAUGUCACCGCUCCCCCACCAGGCUGUCCCCCAAAUCCAAUCCCACCGAACUUGACAGCGAACUUGACGUUUGCCGUUAGUGCUUUUUUUUUUAUACUUAAUAUAUUGUUAACAGCCACUGGAUGGCUUUCUACAAUAAGGAAAAAAACGAGGCGUGAGUCACAAAAUAAGCGUAGUUUCUAACGUUCCGUGUACCUCAAGGGGAACACCUUUGACAGUUGCCGACCGAGGGACGCGUCUCGCUGACUGCCUCUGUCUCGGCUUUGUUCUGACGUUUGAAUUCCCAGAGCUUGAUGUACCACGGGGGCGCUAUCCCAAAACGAGACAUUUGACAUGGAAACAGGCUUUAUUGUGAAAGCCAGCGACACCCUGGAUGAAAGGACAGAUCUCAGCGAGCUUCUGCUAACGGCUUCUCCUAAAGGAGCCGGGCGGCUGGAGCCCUUCGUGACACCCCAGGAACUGGCACGUGACCCAUGUGCCCAUCUCUGAAAACUGGUCCUCUAGAUCCCGGAAGUUUUCCCUCUGAGAGUCUGAACGUGCGUAAGCCAACAAGGAGACCAGGGCCAAGUAGUUGUGCCCCCACCCAGGUGGGGAGAAUGUUCUGGAAGGGUUUGGGUUUGGGGAGGCAUCUAGAGCCUUUCUCCCAGGUGCUGUGAAGCAGGACGUGUGCUAAUUUGGGCUAUGGGAUAGCUUAGCAUA